CACAGUCACGUAAUUUUCUUUUGGGUUUCUUUUCGUUGCGUUUCGUUUCUCCAAUUCCUUCCUUUGUUUCUGGUUUUCUCUGGUUUUGGAACGUUUUCUCUGAGCCUCUCUUCGUUUGGGCAAAACCAUGAACGUCUUCAGGCUCGCCGGUGACAUGACCCAUCUUCUGAGCAUUCUCCUCCUCCUCCUCAAAAUCUACGCCACCAAAUCAUGCUCAGGGAUUUCUCGCAAGACUCAAGAACUGUACGCUAUUGUGUUCAUGGCUCGUUAUUUGGAUCUGUUCACGGACUUCAUCUCCGUUUACAACAGCUUCAUGAAGGUGAUUUUCAUCGGCAGCUCCGUAGCCAUUGCUUGGUGCAUGCGUUUCCACCCCGUGGUCCGGAGAAGUUACGAUAGGGAACUCGACACUUUUCGCUAUUUUUUUCUUGUUGGGGCCAGCUUUGCUUUGGCACUCAUCUGGCACGACAAGUUCACCGUUCUAGAGGUUUUCUGGGCAUUUUCAAUAUACUUGGAAGCAGUUGCAAUAUUGCCCCAGUUGGUUUUGUUGCAAAGAAGUGGUAAUGUGGACAAUUUGACCGGGCAAUAUGUAUUCUUUCUUGGUGCGUAUCGUGCAUUUUACAUCCUGAACUGGAUAUACCGCUAUCUGACCGAGCCACGAUUUACUAGAUGGAUUGCUGGCAUCUCGGGUGUUGUUCAGACAGCUUUAUAUGCAGAUUUCUUCUAUUAUUACUUCAUCAGUUGGAAGAACAAUUCGAAACUGAAGUUGCCUGCCUGAAUUAUCUCAAGUUUGUUUAGGAAUUUGCACCCCGUGAGGUGAGACCAGUCACUGCUAAAUUUUACAGAGCGUGGUUUGGAUGAUGUUGAUGUUGAGAAACGGUAUAGACCAACUCUUCUCCCUGUUCUUUAGUGGGGUAAGUGGGUUUUGUUUUUCUGGUACAAGGGUAAACGAACGGGUUUUAACUUCUGAUAAAUCUAACCAUCGAAGCAAUUCAAGUAUAGGUUAAAAUGGAAGUCUCCAUUGCAUAUCACUGUACAGUAUGUUCUGUAAGGUAGCUGAUUUUUGUUAUGAUACGAACGAUCGUUAGGGCAAAUGAUUACACUAAAAUUAUACAAUUUCUUCUUUUCACGGAUGUGACUAAACCAAAAUUCAGACGGAUACAUACCGAAACGUGAUUGCUUCUAUUCUAUCCAUAGUUAUACUAUACUUUGUCCGUAGAUGAGAAAUUCUUAGUUAGGCUUAUUAAUCACAUACUGUGUAACAGUAUAUUAUGAGCGAUUUGAACAUUCCAC